GUGGUUGGUAGUUUUGAGGUAAAGCUUCUCUUUGUGACUGGGGUACUGUCAAAAUCAUACGAUCAAAUAUCUUUAAAAGAGUUGCAGUGUGUCUGAUAAGUUUUUAUGUAUGUGUGCAUCAAGAUUUACAGGCUCCUUCCUGAAGCACUCCUUAUGCUUUAAGGUCUUGCUGCUUAAACUGCAGUGAAUGGAAAAUUGGGGAGGAGUCUAGCCAGCACAGGCAGGAAAUGGUUAACAGCCAUUUGUAUCACCUGGGAAAGCAAUUCUUUGAUUUGUCAGAGGGCGCUAACAUGCUGCAAUUCAUAGGAAACAAAGGAAAGGGAAGCAACUAUUAAAUGUGAGCCUGGAUCUUAAUUUCAGUGACAGAACUGAGGAGCAAGGCUGGACCUUGAUGUUUGCUGCAAAAUGUGGAAUUUGGGAUUGAAAGUAAUUUUUUUGUCCUAUCUUGAUUCAGAGCGGAAACAGGGAAAUAAAUCUGGUUUCAACUGGAGAACUUAGACUCAAGAGAAGUUAUCUGAGAGCUGCAGUUGUCCUGAUAAAAUGUCCAUCAGGGGGCUGAAGAAGAAGCAACCUAAGACUUUUAAAGUGAAAGUUAUAACAAUGGAUGCUGAAAUGGAGUUCAGCUGUGAGAUGAAGUGGAAGGGAAAGGACUUGUUCGACUUGGUGUGCCGAGCAUUAGGACUAAGGGAAACUUGGUUCUUUGGCUUGCAAUACACAAUAAAAGGAAUGUACACCUGGUUAAAGAUGGAUAAAAAGGUUUUGGAUCAAGAAAUCCCCAAAGAAGACCCUGUUAGCUUUCGUUUUUUGGCUAAAUUUUAUCCAGAGAAAGUGGAAGAGGAGCUAUUACAGGAAAUUACCCAGCACCUAUUCUUCUUGCAGGUUAAGAAACAGAUAUUGGAUGAAGAAAUCUACUGCUCUCCAGAGGCUACAGUUUUAUUGGCUUCUUAUGCUGUGCAGGCUAAGUAUGGUGACUAUGACCCGAAUUUUCAUGAGCCAGGCUUUCUUGCCCAAGAAGAGCUGUUACCCAAAAGAGUCCUCAGGCAAUAUCAGAUGACGGCAGACAUGUGGGAAGAAAAGAUAUCUGCUUGGUAUGCAGAGCACAGGGGUAUUGCCAGGGAUGAAGCAAAGAUGAACUAUUUGAAAAUUGCUCAGGACUUGGAGAUGUAUGGUGUCAAUUACUUUCCUAUUGCUCAAAAUAAGAGUGACACAGAUCUCCUACUUGGAGUUGAUGCUAAAGGUAUUCAUGUCUACAGCAUAAAUAACAGGUUCUCUCCAAAUAAGUCUUUUGAAUGGAGUGGUAUCAGAAACAUUUCCUAUAGUGAGAAAGAGCUAACUAUUAAACCUCUUGAUAAAAAAGCAGAAGUUUUCAAAUUCUUUUCCUCUCAGCUCAAAGUGAACAAACUGAUUUUACAGUUGUGCAUUGGUAACCAUGACCUGUUCAUGAGAAGGAGAAAAGUUGACUCCAUUGAGAUCCAGCAAAUGAAAGCUCAGGCUAGGGAGGAAAAGGCUAGAAAAAAAAUGGAGACUCAAAGGCUGGCCAGGGAGAAGCAGCUCAGAGAAGAAGCAGAGCGAGCCAAAGAAGAGCUGGAAAGGCGCCUCUUCCAGAUGGAAGAUGAAGCCAGGCAAGCCAACGAGGCACUGCUUCGGUCCCAGGAAACAGCAGAGCUGCUGGCUGAGAAAGCUCAGAUUGCAGAAGAAGAGGCCAAACUGCUGGCCCAGAAUGCUGCAGAAGCUGAGCAAGAGCGGCAGAGGUUGGAGAUCACAGCACUGAAAACCAAGGAGGAGAAGCGUCUGAUGGAGCAGAAGAUGCGGGAGACAGAGCUGAUCGCAGUAAAACUGGUGAAAGAGUCAGAUCGAAGAGCCAAAGAAGCUGAGCGUCUAAAACAGGAUCUGCAAGAAGCCAGGGAAGCUGAACGAAAAGCGAAGCAGAAACUUCUGGAUGUAACUAAGCUUAAUUAUCUUCAUGUAGCCCGGUAUCCUCAUCAUUCAGCUGCUGACAACAGAGACGUUAACUUUGACAAAGGAUCUGUAAAGAUGGAUUUAAAAGAUGUAGAUCUGAAGAGACUGUCCUUUGAGAUAGAAAGAGAGAGGUUAGAUUACUUGGAAAAGAGCAAAAAAUUUGAAGAUCGAUUGAAAGAGCUGAAGUCAGAAAUCUAUGCGCUGAAACUAGAGGAAAAACAAACUGGGCUCUACUCUCACUGGAAUGAAGUUCUUGGAUCCUUGGAUCGUUCAAUAGGAAAUGCUUCCUCAUGGAUGAAAAGCUUUGGACCUGGAGACCUAUUGGAUAUAAAUCUUCGAAAGCCCUUCCCAGCUUAUCCAUUAAAUGCCACAAACAGCUGGCCAUGUACCAACAAGAAUCAACAUACAGCGCCUGUGGAAAACUCAACUUUUCAAACAAAUACCUUGGUUGCCAGUAAUGUGGGGACAGGAACUAGAAAACAGAUUAUAAAGGUUCAGCAGCAUGACUCGGAUGUGAUCUACAUUUGAAGUGUCUCGGAAACUUGGCAGUAAUGCUUUCAUCAAGAGGUGAAUAGGCAGAAUUUCAGAGUAAUCCAUUUGUCUGCCACAAAAGUUACUUAAACAAAACCACUAUAUACAUUUAGCUACUCAAUGAUGUCAGCAUCAAAACAUGUCCUGUAAUGUGUGGUGCUGCUCAGUUUCCAGACAGGCAGCAUAUGCCUGUAGUACUGAAAAUGACAAGCAUCUUUCAUACAGUGGCAAAUAUGAAAUAAUAUAGGAGCCAAGUUACAUCAUGUGUGCUUUGUGAGAACACUUUAGGAGAUAAGGCAUUUUAAAUUUAAAGUGCUUUUUAAACUAAAGCACCACUGAAAUGCAGGACCCUUUAAAGCAAAGAUUAACCAACAGUCAGUGGAACACACUGGGAGGAAGCGAUCUUUGGGAAAACUCCUGCUUUUAUUUAAAAAAAAAAAAAAAAAAAAAGAGCAUAUAGGACUUUGUGUUUAAGUCUUGGCAGCUGGUGUGACACUUCUAAAGUCUGUUUCAGCAUAUUUGUUAGCUCACAGAACAUUUUUUCACUUCUUAUCCCUAAACAUAAGACUGUCCGCAUACUUGACUUGUAUUUCUAUUAGGGAAAGUUUAGCUCUUAAUUCAGGAUUGGACAGGCUUUUUUGGGGGUCUUAAUACAUCUAUUAUUUUGAUGUCUUAUGGAGAUGUGAAUGAAUCCUUAAUUUGAAGUGCUAGGCUUCUGUUUCUAUAUGGUUUUUGUGAUUAUGUAGAAUACCUUCACUGCUGACAACUGUAGAAGACUCUGUAUAACCUACUAUCUCAGAAAUUUAAGUACUAGAGACAAAGGACACCUAAUGGUAUCUGCUAAAGAGGGACUCGUUUCUGAUGAAGACUAAACAUGGUAUCCAGCAUCUACUUUAUCAGUAGAACCAAUUUGUACUUGAGGAUGUUGUGCAUUAAAUGUGUAUUUAAAUGAGACCUUCAUACAGACUUCUAUAGAAGCGGACAAUACAAAAUUGUAGCUCAAGUAGGUUGAACAUGCAGGACUGAGUAAAAAAAAUGGAUGUUAAUGUUCAUAAACAUCUAGUCUUAUAAGUUAAAAAUCUAAAGUAUGUUGAAUAAAGUUUCAAUUCCUUCUA